AAUUCUGUCUAGCGUUUCUCAAAUAUCUACGUUCUUACCUUAAUUAUGUCUAAAAUUGAACAAUUGUUAAUUUCAAAUAUGCAAAACAAGUCUCAGCUGUGAAGUCAAAUGUUCGCAUCUUUUGCUGCAUAUUGUAAUCUGAGUAACAGCUGAUAAGUUGUGAAAUGUGUAUAAUACAACAUGAUUAUUUCGUUGAACAAAAUUGCCAUAAUUCCUAUAAUAAAAAUAUACACAUAAUAUAAGAGUAAUAGUAUGUCAGCACGUGACUUGUUGCAUUUUGCGCAAGCGCAGGCCUGAGGCUGCGUCCCAUUAGAUUGCAUCAUAAGUAUAGAAAUAUUUUAAUUAGUUUAAACUCGCGUGACGCAACGCGCUCAGUGGGAACGCAGCCUUAGAAAACGAGACGCCCAUAACCUCUGUCGUCUGCCGCCUGUGUAUUCCAGGCGCAACGGGCGCAUGUACACUUUCCAUUUACGCAUUAUACAAGAUACGAGAGGUCAGUAGAUUCUCUAAUGUUUAACAAUAAUUAUCAUCGUUAUCGUUACAUCGUCGCGCAUGUAUUUCGACAUAUGAAAAUCGCCUUAAAGUGCCUCUUCCAAAAUAUAUAUAUUUUUUGUGUAUGAAGAACGAAGAACAUUCACACACGUGCGUGUAUAUUGCUGCAUAUUAUAUUAUACAAAUUUGGUCUAAAGUAUUCAUUGAAGAACAUCUUUCAAUGGUUACGCGAUACGCGUUCCGCGAGAAAUACGUGCCAUGGGAUAUGGCAUUUCAUAUUGUACAAUUUGAUGAUGGUUUGGCUCUUGUGCCAACAAAUUGGUUAUCAACAAAUCAAACAUCUUGUUUCUAUCCCAUGGGCUAUACGAAUAGAAAAAAACUACAUCAAGCUAUAGCAAAUGCAGAAAAUCCCAAAAUAAAUAAUAAGAGUGCCAACUGGGUUUUACACGAUGUAAAACGUUAUUUUUCAUCUGCAGUGGAUCCAAAAAUAAGGACUUAAGCAGAAGAGUGGCACCUGUUGCUGUGAAUGGCCUCUGGUCAAUUACAACGUGACCAAUUAGGUGCCACCGAAGCAGAAUGGCUAACUCGUAAUUUCAAAACAUUAUUUAUGUCUUAAAUCCUGUCUUGAAGUAACGCAUAAUACUGUCUUGUUUCUUGCAAACGCUAGAGAUUUCAGACACAAGACAGUAGUGUGCGUUACUUUAAGACGAAGACUUAAGACAUGAAAACAAUGUCUUGAAAUUAUGUGUCAGCCAUUCUACUUAAGUCCUCAAAUGAAUCGAACAAAAAAUACAUUUGAAAAAGGGAUGGAAAAAUUGAAAUUUGCUGAAAAUAUAUCAGAUUUGGACUCUGAUAACAAUAAAAAAAAACCCAUCAUUCUAGACACGUUGUAAAUUUUGAAAGUGAUGACAGUUCAAGCAAUGAUUGCGCUGAUGAGCUACCUUCUACAUAUCACAAGUUCGAUCAUUUUCCGGACGAUUCACAAUUUAAUAAAGAUAGCGCUACAACAUUUAAUUCUGAUUCAAGAAUAUUAGCAAGUUUCAGCUGCCCAGUUAUUACUGAAACUGAUGAUAGAGUUGGAAACAUUAUUUUAUCUAAAAUAAAAGAACAUAAAAAUGUUUCACAAAAAGAAUCCACAGUAUUAUUGAAUAAGCCUGCAGUAGAACAAAAUAUAGAAUAUAAAAAAAACUGUUAAUCUCGGCUCGAAUUAUUGUGU